ACAAUUCAACAGGAAAUGAAAUUGACGGCGAAUCUUUCCUGCUGCUGAAUGACGCAGAAGUGGCUAGUAUGGGUUUCGAGAUAGGUCCAGCUGCUAAGUUACGACGUUUAUUGGAAGUAUUGCGUAGUAACAACAGUGCAAACACCCAGAAGCAAGUAAAUGAAGUGUUCAAUCAGCGUAGAGAAACUGACAGCAGUGCUGGACCUGGUGAUGGAUGUGAGGAUGAGAGUUUCCCUGUGAAAACGUGUUACUUGCAACCAAAUAACAAUCUCGUUACUGAUAAGCCGCCCAUUUCCACAGCAAGUUCACAGCAAGUGCUUCGAGGGGAUAACGUAAACGUAAUAGAAAUUUUAAAUGGAGACAAGCUCGGAAGACAGAUUGUAAAAAACUUCAUUGAGAACAAUGAAGCAUUUAUAACCCACGAAGAACGGAAAAAAAUUGUGCAGCUUGUAUGUCUCCAUAUGGUGACAGUUGAUUCACUGAAAUUCUUCCCGUUAACCGAAACUAAGCAUCUCCAUGCCGAGGCAAUCAUAAAAAGUUUCCCUGCCUUGGAACAAAAGUUAUUUCUGAAGGGAAAGUAACAUACACCCAUGAAGUGUUUUAUGACCAAGUUGCUGGCGGAUACAUAGAAAACAAACUAAAAGAUAUGCGAAGAACAGCAGGGAUAAGGAAAAGAAAAUUAAAUGUGUCUUCAAACUCCAUUGAAAUCGAACGUGGUGAAACAUCUAGAGUGCAAAAAAAAAGUAAGAGUAAAACAGACGAACGGUGCUGUGUCCGUGGAAUGCAAGAUUAUGCCAGACGAAGAAAUGAUGCAGUCAAUGGUGAUGUGGUUAAGGACCCACUCGUCGUCUGUCAGUAACACUCCAAAAAUCGUCAAUUUCAUGGAAGAAACAUUCGUCUACCGGGAAAUCCAGCAAAACAAAAACAAGUUUCAGUGUGCCAGUGACGUUCUUAAAGAAUAUCCCCGUUACGUUGACGUUGAGGAGGGUUUGUUGAUCCUUCAGGAUUUUAAACGAAAGUAUCCUGCCAGCAAUCCGGCUGCCCUAAACAAAAAAUUUUUAUCAAAAUUUUCAUCUACUUUGGUAAAAUUGGUCAAAAGGAAGGGAGAAUCUAUUCCGAAAUGCAGUGAUGAAUGUUUAAGAUCCCUGGUAUUAACUCUUCAGUUACUGCCAAGUGUCAACAACGUUAAAAAAGCCAGCUUUGACUCAAAACUAGGUCGCCUUUUCCUCUUUGUAAAGGAAAAUGAAUGCAUUUCAACCUUGGCUGAAAAGAAAGAUUCUACAUACCAUAAGCAGCCAUUCCUUGUUGUCACCGGGACGAUGGAGCACCCUAUUUCUUUCAAUUUGGUGAUUGACAAAACUGUUAUUCCUCUAGGAUGUGAAUGUUCUAGAGCAUUUAAUGUUUUAUUUGCUUCUUUUUUCAUUUUUCGUCUUGAAUAUCCUAAGUAUUUAGACAAAUUCUUCAUUUUUUUCGAACAGUUUGUUUUCGAGAUUUUCUUGAGUAAAAAUAACAAAAUAAGCUCAUCAAAUCAAGAUUUUGUCAACGUCCUCGAACACAUUGCAGGCGAUGAGGCUUUUAAUUCCUGAAUUAGAUCACACGCCUUAAUGUUAUCGUCUCUCGUUCUUCAACUCAUAUGGAAUGACUUUCGAUGUGAUUUUAUGGAUUGUUUCAUAAUCAAGCCAACUUCCUCUACUUAUAAUACCACCAAUCAGUUUUUAAUCAUUAAAACGUAGUAGUCUUCUGUAUGUGUAUCCUAAUCCGGAUUCUUUUUGUACGAAUGACGUAAUGUUUUCAAUAAAGACACUUU